UUGAGCACGCGCGCCGGGAGUUUGAAUUCGAAUUUCGAACGUCGAACGUUCUAUUUUAGAAUUUGUGUUUGAAAAGUACGUUGGAAUUACUGGGAAGUAAUUUUUGUGGAUGUUACUUGUUUUGUGAAGUGGUUGGAGAGGUGUUUUUGGAUUUUAAUAACUGAAAAACUGUGUUUUCGUGUCUAUGAGAUAGUGAUCGACGCCGACCGCCGCCGGGGCUUGCUAUGAAGCGCAAACUAUGCUCCGGUCCCUCCUUUAACUUCUCAUGCGAAGACGAUAUGGAGGAGCUGAAUGUGGCAGCUCUCUCUCGCCGGAAGGAGUCAGCGGCGCCGCUGACGGGGGACAAGGACGGCGCUAUAUUCGGCUUCUCGUACCCUCUCGCUCUGGUGCUGCGCCUGCGCGUCCUACAGAUCGUAUGCGGAAUAUCAGCUAUGGUGAUGGGCAGCGUGGCCUUCAUAGAAGAGAGGCAGAAGUUCAACAUGGGUCUCGGUAUACCUGCUGGAGGGAUCAGCGUCUUAGCAGCUGCUGUGUCCAUCCACACAUCGCGGGGUUGGGCUGUGACAAGCGGAGCGACAGCGGGAGCGGGUGUCGCGAGCGUGCUAUGGGCGGGUGCGGCGUGUCUUCUUAUUGCACUGGUGGUGCAGUGCUGCAGGACGAUAAUGGGACCACCUGGGCUGGAACAUGGGGACGCAUAUGAAGAGGAAUCCCGCCCAUCCCCCCGUGACCUGGUCGUCAUAGCGUGCGUGCAAAUCGCUCUCGCGUGCGCUACGCUCCUGAGCGCAGCCGUGUGUGCGCGGAUCGACUGCGCAUGACGCGAGCCCCCGCGGACACUCGCGCGCCGCCGCGUGUCCGCACCUGCGGUUCCCGCGCCUACUCCUCCUAGGGAUAAGGGGGGGAGGGUAGCAUGGUUGAU